CUCCAAAAACUGACUUCCGGACACCGCAACGUUGUUCCCUCCCUCUCCCGUUCCAAAACCAAACACUGAUUAACGACACUCGGUAUGAAUUAUGCGAGCGUACACGGUCGCUACCAGUGGACUUUCACUGCACGCAAGUCCAUUUAACGGAUAUCUGAACGUCUACUCGCCAGUGUCGAUUCUCGUAAACAGCAUUUUGGGGAUUUCUGAGAGGUCGCCCGUGGUUGGGUUUUUGAACUAAAGGUCCGAGAGGACUCCGUUCGCCCGUGGCGGAUUUUAAUGACAAAGGAACGAACUGGGAGUUAAAAUGACGCGAAUUUGCAGGAUGCAACAUCUAUCUCUUCUACUCUUGUUUUUAUCGAUGGGUGUAUCCCAUGCCAGGGUGGUGUCUGUGUCCCCUGGCCCUCUGCUCCGUGUGGAGGGCCAACCUGUCUCACUGCGCUGUGAUGUCACUGACUACGAGGGGCCCAGGGAGCAGGAUUUUGACUGGACCAUGCAGCAGGGGGAGGCGGGGUCUAUCCAUGUAAUCUCCACCUUCGACCCAAAGUAUUCGGACUUGUCGCUAAGCGACCGGGUGGCCAGUGGGGAUCUGAGCGUGGUGCGGCUGGGGGACAGCGUGGUGGAGCUGAGGAUACAGGAAGUGAGGUCUUCAGACAGUGCCACGUACCUCUGCAGUACACCCAGUACGGACUCUGUCUUCAGCGGGAACUACGAUGCAGGGGUAACGCUCAAAGUCAUUGCUAACACCCUGAAGGUGGCCCCGGAGGCCCCAGAGCCCGUGGUCCCCGAAGGUGGCGACAUCACCCUCUCCUGCAACGUCACCCGCCACUUCACUGAUCCCACCUACCUGUCCGUCACCUGGUCGCUACGGAGACCAGGCAUCCCAUUGGUGGAUAUCCUGACCGUUGGCCCAGAUGGGGAUGUGGUCACAGGAAGUGGCUCCGCCCAGCGCUAUGCUGACGGAGGGCUCCGAUUGGCUAUUCGCAGAGAUGGGGCAUUUGGAUUGGUUGUUGCCGGGGUGACGCAGGCUGAUGCAGGGAUGUACGUGUGCACGGGGAGGGAAUGGAUUCAUGAGGAAGGGGGUCAGUGGAAGAACAUCGUGGGGAAGACUGUGGAGAUGGGAGCUGUGGCAGUCACACCUACAGCUCGUUCAUUGUCUGUCGUGGCCAUGUCCAACACCACGCUCAACAUGGACGACACCCUGACCCUCACCUGCCUGGUCUCCGCGGGUAACUUGGCCUCCCUGGCCCUGGAGGUCACCUGGCUUGUGGACGGACGCACAGCGGUCAGCCUGGGCCGUGACGGGGUGGUCUCAAACGGGUCCCCCUCGGUGGGGCUGGAGCGGACGGGGCCAGGGGAGUUUAGGCUGGUGGUGAGGGGGGUAAGGGGGUCUGACAAGGGGAUGUACUCCUGUAGGGUUCGGGCCUGGGUCGGAGGAGGAGGAAGAUGGUACCAGGCUGCAGAGAAGACCUCCAACCCAGUACAAGUUCUAGUCACACAGAUCAAGCCUAAUUUCGCAGUGACCCUUACCCCUUCGUCGACCCCGCAGGUCACAGGUGACCCCACAGAGCUGGCGUGUCAUGUGACCAACAUCACCCACUUCCUUGCAGGGGGCCGACUGGGCGUGACCUGGGAGUACACACCACUUCCUGGUCCACCUGGCGACCGCCUGACAACCACACAGACCACCCUCCCUAUUGGUUCCCUGGAUGCCCACGGCAACCUGAAGUCUGGGACGCUGUACCGUGAUAGGUUGGAGUCUGGUGCCAUCGUUCUGACCCGAGUAGAACCGGAUACAUUCAAGCUCCGCUUCCUACGCACACAGGAUGUGGACAUGGGGGCGUAUGCAUGCAGUGUGACAGCGUGGACUCCCUCUAGGCAGGGUGGAAUGGAGGAGGCAGCAGAGUUCCUCACCCCCCCUCUGACCGUCCGAUGGGAACCCAAACGUCCAUCUCUAACCGCCGUGGCACAGCGUGUGCGUGAGGCGGUGGCGGGCGGAGCCACUUUUGAGAUGAGCUGUACCAUAUCCCUUGUGCACUUGCAGGACCCGGGCUACUCUGUGCUGGUGCAGACUCAGGACAGUGUGGACUCUGCCACUAGAACCGUCCUCUCUCUCAGUCCUGACUCUGUACUACAACAUGGAGGGGCUACAGACCCUAACCGCAGGGACAGCCUGGUUCUGACUAAGACUGGUCCGGCUGAGUUCCGCUUCCGUCUGGCCGGAGUGCAGCAGGCUGACAGGGGCUUCUACUGGUGUGACAUCACUGCCUGGACCAAACAACCAGGCCAGGCCUGGACCAAAGCUGUCAGCGCCAAGUCUAACAAGGUCCAGAUCAACUUCCAGGAGACUGGCCCCUUGUUCGCUGUGGCCAUCCGCUCUGACACCACCACUUUGUAUCCCUGGGAGACCGCCAAGAUGGUGUGUGCCCUCAGCGUCUCUGGAGCAUCCCCCAAGUCAGAUGACCUGUCAUACGAGGUACGUUGGUACCUCACGCGGCUGAGGGGGGGGAACAAAGGCACCCUACUGGCCAGCGUGGACCGCUUCGGUCUGGUCAAGAAGGAGGCGCGCAACUCCAGCAGUGACGUGUCCCUGGAGCGCACAGACACACACACAUACGCCCUGAACAUCCACGCCACCCAGGACAGCGACAGUGGGGAGUACCACUGCCAGGCCACGCCCUGGUACCUGUCUGCCUCCACAGGGGCCUGGACACAUGGGGCAGAACUCACCUCUACCAGGGUGUUCCUCACUGUACGAUUCCCCAUGUGGGACUCUCUGAAGCUGCCUCUGCUGUACGGUUCUGUAGCCUCUGUGUCCGUGGGGCUCUUCUCUCUCCUCCUGGGUUUCAUCUGUGCCCACUGCUGCUGCCGCAACACCACACACACCCCCCGCUCACGCAACAAACUCAUGGACCUGGAGAUGGAUUGACUAGCACAGGCCCGCUGGAGCGACCACCGCUUCUCCAGCUGAUGAACUACGAGCACGCGCACGUUACCGCGCCGGCACAUUACCACGGCAACGGCAGACAAUUGACCAAUCACAGCCCUUCGGGUGCGCUCCGUGGAGCUUUUAAGCGCACCAACGGGAGAGGAGGAGAGACAAUAGGACAUUUACUGUGGAGCUGUAGAGGGGAUAAAAACAGUGAACUGAAUCAACUGCUAAAGAAGAGUGCAGGAUAUCUAGUCUGUCUAUGUGACCGUAUUGAUGUUAGGUAUUGCACAAAACAGCCCUGGACUAUUCCUACCUUAGUGGACUUUGUCUACGUUUGUCCUCAUCACUAGUUUUUGAAAUGAGACUGCUUUUAAAUGGAGGUGUGUGUGUCUGUAUACCAUAUUUGUGCUGUUUGCCACACCUGAGGCUGGGAAAGAGAGCCGCUUUACCCAUUUUGUCCUGCCCUGUUCCUGGUGUGAUGUCAUCCUGGUGUGAUGACAUUUCAGUGACUCGACAGCAACUAGCCAGGUUCCCUGGUGCACGUUGAUGACCUCAGAGGCUCUCCUCUAGAGCGAGUGAAAGACGCUUAAGGACCCAGAGCUCACCUGCUGUAACCCCCUACACUGACACUGGUGCUACCCCCACUGUGAAGGACAUUGAUGUUAUGUUGGACCUAGGGUUUAUAUGGGGCAGGUUGAGGAGCAAGCUGGCCAAAAAGAGAGUGGACUAGUGGUGGUGACUGAGAGGAGUGGUAUGAUAUGGACUGACACAGUCAGAGGGAGACAUUGUUUAUAUAGGUAGCAUACUGGAUUAAUGCGUAGAACCUGCAGUCCUCCACACACUCUCCCAGCCAAUGCCUGGCUCUAGCUGAAGGAGUCCCAAAGUGGCUUCCUCGUCUCCUCUCCUUCAUCUGCACUGAUCAAUAAACACAGGAUGGAUCUAAGCAAUAUAAUGUUUGAAGCCUACCCGUUUCAUUCACAUCAGUGCAGAUGAAGUGAAGAAGACGGGACGAGGAAGCCAGAGCAUGGAGAUACAACCCUGGAAUGCAAUGGAGAAGGAUUUGAGAUAGAACUGUCAAUAAACUCAUUCCUGAAAGCAACCUCCAUGUCACCUCCCAGUUUAGUAGGGCCCAGUCCCUUAGGGAGUCUUCUUCCCCUGUCUCUGGUACAGUACAAUAGCUGUGUGUCCAUAGAAAGGACUAUGCUGUGUUUGUAUGGGGCUGGGGCUCUCAGGGCUGUUGUGUGUGUUAGUGGUUGGCCCAGCAGUAUUCUGCCCAGCGACAAAGACCAGCCCUACCCUCUACUAAUUACCCCAACCUAGACCCAGAAGGCCCUUUUAGAAUGGUCCUGUACCUGAUGUCAACUAUCACCACUGAAAUGCUACCCUGUCUGUACACACACACACUCUAUAUGCUGUCAACACUCAACAUACUGAAAUGCUACCCUGUCUGUACACACACACACACACACACUCUAUAUGCUGUCAACACUCAACAUACUGACAUGCACACCAACAGUUAAACACACACUCCUCUUAUCCAUUGUCAUGUACCCCAACAUCUACAAAUCAAAUCACACUCCUCAUGCACACGCACAUACAACCCUACACACACACACUGUCCUGUAUACACACUGUCCUGUAUACACACUGCCAAUGUAACCCUGAGUGAAUGCACAUCUUGUGAGAGGCACCAGCUGUAUCUAGGUUCUGGCCAGGUACCAACUGGGGCUUUGGCUCUGGGAUCUGACCUGGUUUAACUCACUAGCACCCCCGAUGGGAGAAGAGCUGCUGUGUGCCAAUCAAUAAACCAGGGCCCUGUUAAAAUACUUAGAAAUUGCAUCCUUCCUUAUCUGACAUGACUGGAUUGGUGAAAGAUGUGUAGUGGAACCCUGGCUAUCAGCUGCCAUACAUCAUGUACUUGAAGGAAAGAGAUGCAAUUUAUAGUAUUGGUAUCAGGCCUCGAGCUGUCCCACUGUGUGGGUGAAAGGUGUCCCUAAGCACUGACCCAAGGUCUGUUCUGUGUGCAACCUUGUAAUUAUUUAGUUCAGGUUUUGACUUGGGGAAGCUGAUCCGAGAUCUAUUCGAAGAACCUCCCUAAAGUCUAGAACCACAGACCGAUAGGACAACCGCCAACACAAAACACUGCAAGUUCUUUUAAAAAAUCCUUACUGUCAUUUUAUUUUUUGUAAUUUGAAAUAGAUUUCUAAGUCUUUUUGUAAAUGAUUGUAAAGCCCAAUAUGGAUUUUUAUCUGACAUGAAUAUCGUAUUCUGUGCCGAUGUUUCUCUGGGUAACGAUCAAUCAGGGUUUUUUAUGAUUCGCCUCUGCUUCCAGGCCUCUGAAAAACUUCAAAUAUUUCUGCCAGAAUAAAUGUUUUAUAACAGUA